GCUGCUAAGAGAGACACCGUUUCCAUGCUCAUGUAAACAUUGCUCAGAGGAAGUCAGCUAUGGCUGAAACACAUGAUUUAUGUAUUUAUGAAGAAAUAUUACAUGUAAUAUUAUCGUAACAUGUAAUAUUCCAGCUUUUAAUUGGCUGACAUGUUGUAGUGUUUAUUUUUAAGCUGUACACGUCAUGCUGUUAUUGUGUUCGCUUGUUUAACGGACGUCCUGAUGUUUAAUUAGUCGUUAAUUAUCUCUGAUACUGUUGAUUUCUGUCUGCGAUGGUGGUGGAGGUGGAGAGCUUCUUCGGGGUGUACAUGCUGUACUGCACCAACCCUAAGUUCAAAGGUCGUAUCUACAUCGGCUUCACGGUGAACCCCGAGCGGAGGAUCGGACAGCACAACGCUGGGCGGCACAGAGGGGGGGCGAAGAGGACCAGCGGCAGAGGACCGUGGGAGAUGGUCCUCAUCAUACACGGCUUCCCCUCUGACAUCGCUGCCCUGAGGUUUGAGUGGGCGUGGCAGCACCCUCACUCCUCCAGGCGUCUCUCCCACGUGUCUCGGCGUUCCCGGAAAGAGUCCAGCCUGGAGUUCCACUGGCGCGUCGUCUCCAACAUGCUGCGGGUGGCGCCGUGGAACAGACUGCCACUGACGGCCCGCUGGCUCAAACAGGAGUACCGGAUGGACUUUGAGCCCAGUCUGCAGCCUCCGCUGCACAUUCCCAUCGCUUUUGGGAGCGUGAGAGCCAAGAAGAAGCUGCCGCUGCAGUCUGCAGGAGAGGAGAAGGAGGAGGAGGAGGAGGAGGAGGAGGCGUCCAGGUGUUUCCUCUGUAAAGGCCUGGUUAAGGCGUCGGAUAAGCUGAGCUGUUUCCACCCGUCCUGCGGAAUGAGCAGUCACGUGACCUGCCUCGCCAAACGUUUCCUGAAACCAGAGCCGUCCCACCUCCUGCCGGUGGAGGGCCAGUGUCCAGCAUGUCGUCGCUCUGUGCUGUGGGGGAGUCUCAUUCGCCACAAACACGGCUGCUUCGGAGACCUGGAGGAGUUCACGCCAUCCGCAUCCCAAAGUCACUGGGCAGAUGAACUGCAGAUAUGAGGAAGUGGAGAACUUUUAUUUCCUCCGGAUGAACUGUGCUGUCACAUGACACUGUCAUAGAGAAUUAUGUGUGUAUGUAUGAGUAUGUGUGAUGGAAUAUGUCUUUUUAAACUGAACAGGAAUGUAAAGAAACUUCCUAAAAUCCAACAUCUGUACAGGACGUACCAUUUUUAAUGAUCAUGAUGUAUAUUUUUAGUCGUGUCUGCUUCAGUAUCCUGUAUGUGUUAAUGUAUUUUAAUGCACUGUGUGACAAAUAAAAUAAGUUUUGUAUUGUA